GUUGCGUAGCGGCGGCGGUGCUGUGUGAGGAAGGAACGGAGGGCGAGCUCUCUCGUCGGUGCGUCUCCAUUAAUCGCUAUUGGUGAGCCCUUUGUUGACCCCUUCGUAGUAUUGUUCGAGUCGGUGACCGGAUCUUACGUCUAGUCGUCCGCGUCUCGCCUCCCGGAGGGGGAUCGAAGGUCGCCUGGCCCGACGUGCGAUGGGAGCACCGCCAUGUCAGCCGAGACUGGGCUUGGUACGCGUUUGAGGGCCACGACUGGAAUGGGUGACGGAGUGGAAGGGAGUCAGAUGUCGGGGACUCAGCUGCCUGUCCCUCCCCAGCCCCAGCCACAGGUUCCUCAGCUCGCCAACCCUCCUCCCCCCGAGACGGCCAAGGCGAACCAGCCCAAGCGCCAGACCAACCAGCUGCAGUACCUGCUGAAGACCGUGCUUAAGACGCUAUGGAAGCAUCAGUUUGCCUGGCCCUUCCAGCAGCCUGUGGACGCCAUCAAACUCAACCUUCCCGAUUAUUACAAGAUCAUUAAGACUCCGAUGGACAUGGGCACCAUUAAGAAGCGUCUGGAGAACAAUUAUUACUGGAACGCCCAGGAAUGCAUCCAGGACUUCAACACCAUGUUCACCAACUGCUACAUCUACAACAAGCCUGGGGACGACAUAGUAUUGAUGGCCGAAGCCUUGGAGAAGCUUUUCCUACAGAAGAUAUCAGAAAUGCCCGAGGUUGAGACGGAGCUGACGGUCAUACAGAGCAAAGGACGAGGCCGGGGAAGGAAAGAGCCAGAUGCCUCAAUUACCCCAAUGAGAACUCGGGUCCUGUCGGGAUCGCAGACGGAGAAGCCCCCCACAAAGACCCCUGUCACACCUGUUUCCAAGCCACCGACUCCUUCCCCGCCCGUCGUGACCCGGGCCCCUACCCCUCCACAAGCUAGACCUGCAACAGCUCGCCCCCCGGCAAUCACGCAAGCACCCAUUACCUUCGCGCCUACGGUCCCUCAGGACAUGGUGGUGCCCACAACUGUGCCCCAAGCUCCUGCCCCUCAGCCUCUUCAGAGUCAUCCUCCAGUCAUGCCGACCACUGCCCAGCCUGUGAAGGUAACAAAAUUUGUGAAAAGGAAAGCGGACACCACAACUCCCACGGCCCAUGACCCUCUCCACGAAUCCUCCCCUAUCCCCGGCGAGUCCAAGCCUCCCCGGGCCACCAAGAGACGAGAGACGGGGCGCCAACCUCGCCCAGCGAAGAAGACAGAGGUGCCCGACUCCCAGCUGCCGGCGCCUCCGACUCUCCAUGUGCCGGGACCUCCUGCUGGUAUCUCCGACAAAAGCAGCAAGACGUCCGAGCAGCUGCGCUACUGUGCGGCCAUCGUCCGUGAGAUGUUUGCCAAGAAGCACAGCGCGUACGCGUGGCCCUUUUACAAACCCGUGGACGUGGAAGCCCUGGGGUUACACGACUACUGCGAAAUCAUCAAGCAUCCCAUGGACCUCGGUACCAUAAAGGUGAAGCUGGACGGCUUCCAGUACCGGGACGCUCAGGACUUCGCCUCGGAUGUGCGGCUCAUGUUCUCCAACUGCUACAAAUACAAUCCUCCUGACCACGAGGUGGUGGCGAUGGCCCGAAAACUGCAGGAUGUGUUUGAGAUGCGCUUUGCAAAGAUGCCGGAUGAACCAGAAGAGGCCCCUGCUCCAGCCCCCUCGCUUGCUCUGGGACCCCCAGCUCCUUCAAUCAAGGGGCCACCACCCACUUCCAGCGACAGCAGCAGCGACAGCUCCUCGGACACCGAGAGCAGUUCAGACAGCGAGGAGGAGCGGGCGCAGAGGCUGGCGGAGCUCCAGGAACAGCUGAAGGCUGUACAUGAGCAGUUAGCGGCCCUCUCUCAGCCGCAGCCGAACAAACCAAAGAAGAAAGAGCGUGAAAAGCGGAAGGAGAAGCACAAGAGGAAGGAGGAGGUAGAGGAGUCCCGGAAAAGCAGAGCUCGGGAGCCCCCGGCCAAGAAACCGAAGAAAAGUGCUCAAGUACCAGUGGGAGCACCCAGCAUCAAGAAAGAAGCCCCUCCGCCGGUCUCGCGGCCGCCUCGUCCAGCGCCACCUCCUGCUCCAUGUGAGUCGUCGGAAGAGGAGUCGCAAAGAUGUCGCCCCAUGUCCUACGAGGAGAAGCGGCAGCUGAGCCUGGAUAUCAAUAAGCUGCCGGGGGAAAAGCUGGGCCGGGUGGUGCACAUCAUCCAGUCCCGGGAGCCCUCGCUCAAAAACUCCAAUCCCGACGAGAUCGAGAUAGACUUUGAGACACUAAAACCGUCCACGCUGAGAGAGCUGGAAAGAUACGUCACCUCCUGUCUGAGGAAGAAGCGGAAACCACAGGAUAAAAUGGAUGCUCCCUCUUCUCUCUCUGGUAAAACUAAAGGCUUCUCAUCUUCCGAGUCAGAGAGCUCGAGCGAGUCCAGCAGCACAGAAAGCGAGGAGUCCGACCUAGAAGCAGUCCCGAAACAGAAGAAGAAAUGUCACUCAGGCAGAGAGUCAAGAAAGCAUCAUCACCAGCCUCAUCCUCCCCCACAGCCUGCAACCCUUCCACCCUCUGUUCUUAAGCCACCAUCUCCGGUCGCACCACCCUCUUACCCGGCGCCGCCAAUCCUGGAAACCUCCCACCCGUCUCUCCAUCACCCUCUCCAUUCUGGAAGUGUCUUUGAAGCGGUAACUCCUCAUUACGGGCAGCCGGUUCUACACCUCCCUCCGCCGGACCUUCCUCCACACCUUACAGGACAGCCGGAUCGCUGCUCUCCCCCUCAUCUCAAUCAGCAUGCCCUAGUCAGUCCUCCAGCUCUACACAACGCCAUGCCCCAGCAGCCUUCUCGACCUUCUAAUCGCGCAGCCGCCCUCCCUCCCAAACCAGCUCGACCUCCAUCUGCCUCUCCGCCUGCGUCCCAACCCCACCACCAGCCUCCGCCGCACAUCCUUCAUCAUCACUCUCAGCCGCCGCACGUCUUGCUGGAGGAUGAUGGGCCUCCCUCUCCCCCUGGUGGUCUCCCGCCAUCUCCAAAUCAGCUUGGCCACGCGCAGAUGGUGAUGUACCUUCAGCAGCUGCAGAAAUCCCAGCCACCUCCUCCUCAGUCCCCCAUGCAGCCGCUCCUACCCUCCGUUAAAGUGCAGUCACAGGCGCCUCUGCCUCCGCCGUCGCAGUCAAUGAGGCAUCUGCAGUCCUUAUCUUACCCCACGCCUCCUCCAUCCUCCGCGCCCACGGUUCCACCACCUCAGUCUUCUCAUGUGCACCCUUUACAGUCGCCCCCGACUGCCCCCCAGCCACAGCCAACUGUGCAGCCGCCACCUCCAUCUCAGCAGCCACAACAUCCAGCUUUACAAGGCAAUCUGGUCGCUCCACACCAACAGCAUGCGCCGCACCAGCAGGCCAAGACGCAGCAAGUCAUUCAGCACCAUCACCCUUCACCUCGGCAGCAGAAGCCAGAGCCGUACCCCGGAGGUCAUUUGCGGGAGGCUCCAUCCCCCCUUCUCCUUCAUUCUCCUCAGGUCCCUUCGUUUCCAGGCUUGUCGCACCCCGCUUCUCCCCAGGCUGGACAGCCCAAGAAGCAGCAGGAUAUAAGAGGAGCCUCGGUUUUGCAGCCUCAGCCCUUGGUGGUGGUGAAGGAGGAGAAGAGACACUCGCCAUCCCUUCGUCCCGAAAGCUUCUCCCCCAGCAUGAGGAAUGAGCCCCAGAAGCUUCCGGAAUCCCUUAAGGGUCCUAGCCACGUGCAGCCACGGCCAGAAUUAAAACCAAUCGAUGGAGGACGUCCUGUAAGACCCCCUGAGCAGAGUAUGCCGCCUCAAGGGGUCCCAGACAAAGAAAAACAAAAGCAGGAACCCAAGACACCAGUGGCCCCCAAAAAGGAUCUAAAGAACAUUGCACGCUGGGCCACCCUGGCACAGAAGCCGCCAACUACCACGACUCCAUCCUGCAAGUCCUCCAGUGACAGCUUUGAACUUUUCAGACGUGCAGCUCGUGAGAAGGAGGAGCGUGAGCGAGCACUCAAGCUACAGGCUGAGCAAGCCGAGAGGAUGCGCAGAGAGCAGGAGAGAAUGAGGAACCGGGAGGAAGAUGAUGCUCAGGAGCAGGCGCGGAAAGCGCACGACGAAGCACGCAGACGGCAAGAACAGCAGCAGCAGCAGCAACAACAGCAGCAGCAGCAUGUGCAGAGUACCCUGCAGCCGGCUCCACCCCCUGCGCAGAGCUCUCAGCCAAUCAUGGAUCAGAGAGAAAUGGCCAGAAAAAGAGAGCAAGAGAGGAGGCGGAGGCAGGCGAUGACUCCUUCUAUAGACAUGAAUUUUCAGAGCGACUUGAUGGAGAUAUUUGAACAGAACCUUUUCUCGUAAGACUUCAUGCUCCUCACCCUCCACCUCCUCCUCCACCACUUUACUCUUUACCACCCUUCCCCAGAAUUUCCACUUGUUUUUUUAAAUGUCGGCGGAAGGGACAGGAGGACGCCUCACCAACCAGAGACACGGAAUCUUUUUCUGCCCUUCCUGUAUUUUUAUCCCCGGCCCCUGUACAUUGAGACGCGGCAAGUCUCCAGAAGUGAUAAUGGAAGCGGGGGAUGCUGUUGACCCUCCUCGUAACGGAUUAUCGUGCAG